AUGGUAGCAAAUGUUAAAUAUGGAGGUUUUGGGAGUACAUCCGUCUUCAAUCUUACCGUUGCUCCUGACCAGCGCAAUACACAUUAUAUGGUGAUUGAAUCCGGUCCUCCGGGCCAUGUCAGUGCUAUCGCAGCCGGUUGGACGGUAGAUAGUCAAGUAACUUCUACUUAUCGGGUGUCCCCGACUUCCGUUUAUGGCGGAGAGAUAUACGAGAUCCCAAUCCAAAUUCAACAGGACCGAACUUUUGGAAAUUGGCGGUUGCGUGUGUCCGAACCACCGAUCAGUGUGGGUUACUGGCCCGAGGAAUUGUUCUUGAAUUUACGACACGGCUUGCUACAUGUAGCUUGGGGAGGGGAUGGCUUCGCCUGGAGAAAUGGAUUUUGUCCUCCGAUGGGAAGCGGCCACAAGCCCGACGGUGAUCACGACUUUGUGCGCGCGACGUACUUCCGACGGCUCAAUUGGGGUCGAGUGGACGGGGCCGUCUUACCUCCUUCGAAGAACACGAAAGAGGUGGUGGAUAAAUCUAAUGUCUAUGCUCUGAGGAAUUAUCGAUAUAAUAAGGGGACUUGGGGCUACACGUUUAGUUUUGGAGGUCCGGCAGACUAUUGUAGGGGAUAA